UUUAAUGCUUCAAAAAGCCAAGAAUCCUAACGAGUUUUAGAUGGGACAAAACUGGGCCAACCUUUAUCGUCAUCUAUCAAUAGCUCGAGAUUAUUUAUCGAUCACACGCCUGUAAUGCUUUUGGCAUGGCAAAAGAUAAGAUAAUCGCCGGCAUGAUUGUGGUCGGUCUGGCCCGGCGCGUCGACCGGGUGGAAGCACUGCGCAAGGAACUUACCGAGCUGGCCGCCCCAAACCUACACGCCAUCCGGUGUGACAUAACGCAGGAGCGGGACAUUUUGGCCGCCUUCGUCGAGGUCGAGCAACGGUUCGGUGGUGUGGAUGUGUUGAUCAACAAUGCGGGCAUUGCAAAAAUGGGUAUUAAUCUGUUUACACCCUCAAACACGGACCAACUGCGGCAGGUGGUCGAUACGAAUGUGAUGGGGUUGGUGCUGUGCAGCCGGGAAGCGUUCCUGUCCAUGCAGAAGCGAUCCGUUGAUGGACACAUUGUGCACAUUAACAGUGUCGUUGGACAUUCGGUGCCGGCGUUUGCAAGCUUCAACAUCUAUCCGGCUACCAAGUACGGCGUGACGGCACUGACGGAAACGAUGCGUCACGAGCUGCGGAUGGCCGGUACCAAAAUCAAAGUUACGAGCAUUAGUCCGGGGCUGGUUAAGACGGAAGCGAUUCCCGAUGCCAUGAAGGAGGGUCCAACACCGAUACUGGAACCGGAGGAUAUUGCCGAAGCGGUCCUGUAUGUGCUGGGAACACCGCCGAGAGUGCAGGUGCAUGAGCUAACGAUCAGACCGGUUGGGGAAAGCAUGUGAAUGGGGACGUUGAGGUUGACCACGUGUGGUGUAUCUUUUUGUUUUAAGAUACAGUUGUGUGACAUCGUGAAUAAAAGACUCGUAAGAAUGU